GUUGAUAUUAGUAAAGAAAUUAUUUUAUUUAAUAAUGAAUUUCUAUCAUUUGAUAUUUUUAAAAAUAAAAUGAUAGAAAUGACAUUAGAUAAUAUUAUUAAUAAUAAAUAUAAAAUUCUUGAUGUUCUAUCACAAUGUCAACGAUUAUACGAUAGUGAAAUAAUGAAUAAAUAUUCAAAUGAAUUAGUUUUAUUAUUAGAAAAUAAAAUAAGUCAAGUUAUUAAUGAAUAUAAAAAAUCUUUUAUUCAUAUUUUUGAAUCGACUAUGGAUAAUAAACAAAAAUUAUUAAAUGAAUCACAUAAAAUUAAAGAAUUAAUACGAAAAUUAAAAAGAAAUACACAAGAAUUAGUUGAUAAAAUUGGUCUAACAAUAUCAAAACGAAAACAAUCAUCUAUUAAAUUUAAUUUGGCUCAAUUAAAAAAAAAAGAAACAAUUAAACAAAAUGUUCAAAAAGCAAAAAAUAUGUCCUAUGAUGAUUUUACAAAUUUAUUAGAAAAUUUAUGUUAUGAAUCAGGUGUAUUAUGGUUAAAUUUAGAUUAUAAUAAUUUAAUUUUAAUAUUACAAGCUAUAAAAGAGAAUAAAAUGAGUAAUUAUUUAACUAAACCUCUAUUAUCACUUAUUGAUUAUAGAAAUGGUGAUUUUAAUAUUGAUUCAUUUACGAUAUCCAUAUUAUUAGAACAAAGUGCAAAUGAAAGAUUAGAUCCUAUAAGACCACAACAAAUAAAUGAGAUUGUAACUAGUCUACCUGUCUCAGCUACUUAUGAUGGUUUAAGAACAAGUUCAUGGUUUUUUCCACUAAUUGAUAAAUAUAAAAAUUUACAAUUACCUUAUGAUUUACAUUGGAUAACUGAAGCAAAUAAUAGUGAUAUAGCAGCAUUUCGUAUUAUAUCAAGAAAUACAAUAUCAAAUGCGUCUGUAUUAAGAGAUUUACAAUUGAAUAUACAACCUCAAGAUAAAAAUAUUACUUGGUUUUUAAUAUAUAUUACAUUAGCAGCUAUUGAUGAAUUAGUUAAAAGACGAAAAAAUGAUGUUAAUAUUAAUAAUUUUAAUGAUACAUUUUGUAUUAAUAUUCGAUGUUUAUUAUGUAAUUUAUUAACAUAUUCUGCUUCUGGUAAUGUUCCCGUCUCCUUUCUAUGGCAAUUAUUUAGUAAUAAUAUACGUCCAGAAUUACCCAAAGAAAAUUUUGAAUGGACCAUUUAUGUUCAAAUUAUAGAAUAUGUUAAAUAUAGUGGAUGGAAUUUAAAAAAAUUAAAAGAUAAUGUUCGUGCAUUAUUAUGUAGAGUAUUAAAUAAAAUUAUUAUUAAAGCAACAGAAUCAUUACGUAAUAAUAAUAAAAAAUUAAAAAAACAAAAUUGUAACGAACAUCUUAUAAAAAUGCAUAAAAUAUAUUAUCCCUAUUAUGAAAAAAUGGUUCGCUAUUGUAAAUAUAUACGCGAUACAAAUGAACAAAUAGAUAAUGAUAAAAUUCAAGAAAUAUUAAAAGUAUUAUGUGAAUUUAAUAAUCGUCGAUAUCGUGCUGGUAGUAUCCAUCAAUUACGUCUACAUAUUAAAAGAAAUUUUGAAAAUAAAAUCUUUGUCGAUAAAUUAAUUAAUUGUAUAUUAUAUAAAUGGGAUAAUUAUGAUAAAAAAUAUAAAUUACAAUUAUCAGAAUUUAUUAAAAAAAUAUUUUUUAAUUCGUCAUCUGAUCAACAACAAGAAUUUAAUAUAAAUUAUAUACAAAAUCAACUUGAUGAUUUUAAAUUCAAAUUAAUAGAUGAAAGACCUAAAAUAUUGUCUAUAAUUGAUAAACAAAUUCAACCUAUUACAAAUUAUGAUGAAAUUCAAAAAUUAUUUACACUCAUUGAAACAUUAAUGAAAAAUAAAGAGAAUAAUAAAUGUUUAUCAAUAGAAGAAAGAAAUAAUAUUCAUUAUUGUCUCGAUGAUAUAUAUAAAAAUGAAAAUAAAUUAUGGCAACCUUUUAAUCCAUUUUCACAAUUUAUACAAGAAAAUAAUAUGGAAAUUUAUUUUGAUACUAAUAAUCAGAACAAUGAUGAAAAAGAAAAAUGUGACGAAAAUCAAAAUAUUAUUCUGUAUAAAAGCAUGUUUAAAGAACAUUAUCAUGAUAUUAUUGAACAAAUUACCGAUGAUUCAUGUCAAAUGAGAAUGGCUUCUAUGAUACAACAUACAACAUUUAAUUCAAUAGAUGAAUUUAUCGUAUUAGCGAAAUUUGCUGAAUUUGGACAAACAUUUGAAGAAAUAGCUGAAACAACCAAAAUGAUUUUUCAUUCGUUAAUAAUGAAUUGGGAAAAGUCAGCUGAUGAAUCCGAAGCUAUUGUGCUUAAAAAAUUUAUUUAA